AUGAAAAAUAAAAAUAAAUAUGAUUAUUUGUUGAAAUUAUUAUUAGUAGGAGAUUCCAGUGUAGGAAAAAGUAGUAUAUUAUGCCGAUAUUCUGAUAACCAAUUUGAAGAAAAAGUAUUAUCAACAAUAGGGAUCGAUUUUAAAGUGAAAUAUCUAAAAAUCGAUAAUAAAACUAUAAAAGUUGGAAUAUGGGAUACAGCAGGACAAGAGCGUUUUAGAACCCUCACGUCUGCCUAUUACCGAAAUGCUCAUGCAAUUAUCUUAGUAUACGAUUGUACCGUUCGGGAAUCUUUUGAAAAUUUAGAUGUAUGGAUUCACGAAAUCGAUAAAUAUUCCACAAAUAAAAAUGCGAUCAAAAUGCUUGUAGCAAAUAAAAUAGAUAAACCAAAUCAUGAAGUAACAAAAGAUGAAGGAAAAAAUUUUGCCUUUGAAAAUAAUAUGCUAUUUUGUGAAACUAGCGCAAAAAAUGAUAUUAAUAUAACUUAUUGUUUUGAAGAACUUAUACAGCAAAUUCUAAACAAUCCCUCAUUGCUUGAAUUAAGUGUUGUUACAAAAAAUUUAAAACUUGGAAAAAAGGAUGAAGGUAGAAUCAGUUGUGCAUGCUAA